AUGGUGCGGGCUCCGAUUGGUCAGGGGCUGGCCAUCGGCGGCGGCCAUCGGCAGGAGCAGUUGACCACGAACCACGAGCUGGGCCAGCACAGGAUGCCCGCCAAGACGAGCAAGAACCCAGCGACAGCGACAACGAACACCAUCCAGGCCCAGCAGAGGAAAUCAGCCAGCCAAGCCACCCUGGUCAAGAAACCAGGACGGACAGCCCGCAAGGGCGCAUUCAAGGGCGCACUCGACCCGGACCCAGACGACGACCAAGACAGCAACAACCACCACCAGCCACAAAGCCACACCCACACCCCCAGCCAGGACGAAGCCAGCUGGCCUGAGCCAUCCACCUCACAGCCCGAGCCAUCCACCUCACAGCCUGAGCCAUCCACCUCACAGCCCGAGCCACAGCCCGAGCCAUCUCCCCAGAGAGACACGCCGCUCGAAAGACCCGAACCGGAGUCAAGAGGUCGCUCCAAGAGCCGCCAUCGCCCCCAUGAGGACAGGAGCACACGCUCCGAAGUCUCCCAGCACUCCGGCGCCCACCAGGCCCCCCUCCAAACCCUACCCGAGCCACCCGACCAACAAUCUCCGACCAGGCGUGAUAGCCUGCGAUCAAAGGGCAAGGGCAAGGCCUCGCCAGGCUCGUCCCAAAAGCAGGCCGUCUCCGCCAAACGCUCGUCGAUCAACUCGGUCCGCUCGCUGAGCUCGCUGGUCAUCUUCCACAACGACUGCUUGCUGAGGAGCAGCACCAGUCGGACCGGCCUCAAGCGGGUCGACAGCUCCGCCUCCGUCGUCCUCCCCCCCAAGAUCGACACCACCGAGGCGGUCAUCUCGCUCAACGGCAAGGCCACCUUCAACCCCACCCUCAUGUCCAUCUCCGACUUCCCCGCCGAGACUCUCUCCACCCCGAACACCGCCCUCUCUUCCCCCGUCCCCACCUCCUCCAAGGCCCCCUUCUCCACCACCCUCCCCGAUUCCCCGCACGCUCCAUCCCUCCAACAGCCCGGCCAUCGAGCUCCCUCCUGCUCACCCAGUCCCGCUCGUCUCGACCAGUCGGAAUGUGCCCGGAGACUCAAGAAGUACUCGCACGUCAACCGGCCCAGCCAGCUGAUCAACAUGAAGGCCGCCAACGACGCCUCCGUCGGACUCCUCAGCUCGCUCCUCAGCCCGGGCCUCACCUUCGCAAAGUCUCGGCGAUCCGGCGAGACGAGCACCGGCCAGCAGGGACCCGGGUACUUCGACAGCUUCCGCAGCCUCGUCGGCAUGAGCACCCUGCUCGACCCUGACGAGCCCGCAGGCCCUUCUUCCAACAAGCCCGAGCCCGGCCUGGACCGGCCCCUCCGGCGCUCGUCCGGCGAGCCGGAGCCAGCUCGGCCCAGGACGACGGCCAAGCGGGAAGCCCGGGGACAGACCGGGCCGUUGCCGUUCAUCCCGUUCAACCUUCUGCCCUCCGACGACCCGCUCCCGCCCUCCUCCCUUCCCCACCGCGCCUCCUCCUCCGAGUCCUCCGAGUCCGCCAACCCUCGUCCCUCUACACUCGCCAGUCAGCCCGGGAACGCCGACCAGCCCCAGCGCCUCAACCAGCCCGCGCUGAAGGCCAAACAGGCCCUCUCCAUCAAGAUCUGGAGGAACUCGCUGAUCGACGAGGUCGAGCAGGUGCUCACGGACCACGAAUCUAACACCAGGUUCAGGAACCCGCUCUUCGAGUCCCUCAUCCGCGUCGCUUCUUCCGACCAUCCCCACCACCCCUGA